AUGCAACAGCCACAGGGCAUGGGUCUCCCCAUGGCCCCGGGCGCCGCACAACAAUAUCGCAACCCCGCCGAGGUCGAGGGUGCCAAUCGAGGCAAGUCCCAACUCAUUGUUGGUAUUGACUUUGGUACUACCUUUUCCGGUGUUGCCUUUGCCUUUGCCACCAACAAUGAAGCCCGCGAGGAUAUCAUCACAGAAUGGCCCGGCGCCGGUACACACACCAAGCAAAAGAUUCCCACCGUCCUCUACUACGACCAAUAUCAAAAGGUAGUUGGCUGGGGCCCCGAUAUCGCCGAUGCCUUGGCCCCGACAGGAUACCCCAAGCCCGGCGUGCAAAAGGUGGAAUGGUUCAAGUUGCAGCUGAUGCUUUCCGGAAACACCUAUAUCGAUCCCAUCAAUCUGCCCCCGCUGCCCCCUGGAAAGUCCGAAAUCGAUGUCGCUGCCGACUACCUCUUCAAACUGCGCCAGGCCAUGCGGGCUCAGCUGCAAAAGACCUUGGGUGAGGUUUUCACUCGUGAAGAGCGCAACAUUCGAUACUAUCUCACCGUUCCCGCUAUUUGGAACGAUGCCGGCAAGGCGGCCACCCGUGCUGCUGCUAUUCAAGCAGGCUUCUUGCGCGAUGAGAAUGAUAACCGUCUGACUCUCGUCUCGGAGCCCGAGGCCGCCGCUCUCUUCUGUGCGAAGAGCGGUCUGCUGAAUCUGAAGAUUGGCGACGCUAUCUUGAUUGUCGAUUGUGGUGGUGGUACCGUUGAUUUGAUCGCCUACGAGGUGGAAGAAGAAUCGCCAUUUAGUGUGAUGGAAUGCACCACCGGAUCUGGUGACUCCUGCGGUUCCACGGCGCUGAAUCGUAACUUUAGCAACAUCUUGCGCGCCAAGAUCCGGAAGAUGAAGCUGCCGGACGGCUCGCGCAUUGCGGGCAAGGUUUACGCCAAGUGUAUCAUGGAUUUCGAGAACCGUAUCAAGGCGGACUUCCGCAACAACGGACAAAAAUGGGCGGUGGAUGUCGGUAUUGAGGCUGACUUCCCGGACGCGGGUAUCGAGGAAGGCUACAUGAUGUUCACCAACGAGGAGAUUCUCCAAUGCUUCGAGCCGGUGGUCAACCGUAUUCUGGAGCUGGUUCGUAACCAGAUCAUCGCCAUUCAGGCCCAGAAUCGUGUUCUGCAAAACGUUUUGGUUGUUGGUGGAUUCGGUGCCUCCGAGUACCUCUUCCAGCAAAUCAAAUUGCAUGUCCCGCCCCAAUACAACACCAAGGUUGUGCGCCCCAUGGACUCCGUUGCCGCUAUCGUCAAGGGUGCGGUCACCGCCGGUAUCACCGAACGAGUCAUCACUCACCGUGUUGCCCGUCGACAUUAUCUCAUGGCCACCCUUCAGCCAUUCAAGGAGGGAUACCACCCGGAGCAAUAUCGUGUUCCCAGUCUCGAUGGUCGGGAUCGCUGCAAGUACACUCGCCAGAUCUUCGUGCAGAAGGGUGAGCGUGUCAAGAUCGGCGAGCCCGUCAAGGUCAGCUUCUUCCGGCAGGUGGCCCCCGGUGCUACCCUUAUGUACGAGGACGUUCUGUACGCCUGUGAUGAGGACGUCUGCCCCGAAUAUACCAAGGAUCCUCGUAUCAAGGAAGUUGUCACCCUCACUUCGGACCUGUCUCGCAAGAAUCUCGAGACCGACUUCGAGCGCAUGGAUACUCCCCAGGGUAUCUUCUACCGAGUUUACUUCGACAUUUACCUCACAUUGGACGGAAGUGAAUUCAGUGCCGAGUUGGUCUGCCAGAACGAAAUCAUGGGUCGCUGCCGCGCCAAGUUCCGGUAA